GUGUUAUUUAAAUGCGCAUAAAAGAUUUUUGUUUACGGGUGAAUAAAUUAUAGGAAACGUAUAUAUAAACAAUAUAGUGUUUACCAAUUUUUUUUGUGUAUUUAUUGUUCUGUGGAAUAAUACAAUGGUUACAACUAUUUGAUAAGGACAUAAAACAUGCAAGGACAAUAAAAGACAAGAUUUCGUUUUACAACAUGGCCACAGAAACAGAAAGACAGGAACAAAUUAAGAAAUUGUUUGUAAGCGGUUUAUUAUUUUUUGGCUGCAUGUGUGUUUGUCUAACCUUUGGAAUUCUAACAGCUAAAGAGAUAGGAAAAUUUGAUGAACAGGAAUUUGACGAAGACAUCUUUCAAAGUCCCUGGAAUAGGAUAUACAUUGGUGCUUUUAUCAUUGCUGGCGUUUCUUUACUCCAUGUGUUAGUUAUUUGCUGCAUAUGUGACCACGAAAAGAAGAACAGACGUAAAGAAGUUGGAGACUGUGUUGGACUAAGUGUUCUUCUGUUAUGGGUUGGUGUGAUUGCCUGCGGUCCAGCGGCAGCUUUUGUUGGUAAUUUUGCCGUCCAAACACGGGUGUUUAAUACAUGUAAUGGGACAGUCCUUGAAGAAGACCGCAUAAAACCGUGUUUCGAGCAUCUAAAGACGCAUACUACAGUUUUAAUUGUAUUCCUCGUUCUAUUUUUUAUCACACUAUUAUGGGGAUGCGCCCAAAGAGAUGAAAAACAUGAUAAAUUAAGGAAUGGAUCUCCUACACAGAAUUCUAAAGGAACACAACAGCAACAUACCACCCAGCCUACAAGAUCGAUUCCAGGACCGGCUGUAGGACACCAACAAACGCAAGAACCCAAGCAGACCGCAUCAUUUAAUUUCAUACAAAGUUCAAAAUCAUCUGAGAAUCAGGAAAAUAAACACAAUACACCUAAGAAGAAUCAGGUCUCUACAAUUUCAUCACCAAUGAAUAGUCAUCGUAUUUUAUCUACCAAAGACACUGAUUCAUCAUCAAUGGAAGGAGAUUAUACAAGUGAAGAAGUUAGUGAUGAUACAAUGAGCGAUCUGAGUAUUCCAAUUAACCAUUUAGAAUAUCACAAUGACAGUACAACGAAUCAGAACAUUUGGCUUUCAAAUAAUUACUAUAUGCCUCCGCCUCCGCCCUCGACCAAUAUUGACGUUGGACAAAAUGAUCUUUACAGUAGAGAAGCUACAUUCGAAAGUCCUCUGCCACAUGCGUCUGUUUUUAAAAUGUCAAAUCAUUCUCAACAAACACGCCGUCCAUUGCCUAGGUUUAAAUCGGUGACUACAAUACCGACGGAACAACCGCCUGCAUAUGAAGAUCUGUUUAAAUACUCAAGAUAAAAACAAAUAUCAAGUUGAUAAUGGAAUAGGAUAAUGUGUUAAAUAGACAGCAACCCGACCAAAGAGCAAAGUUAACAACAGCCCAAGGCCACCAACGGGUCUUAAACGCAGCGAGAAAAUUGCUCACCCGGAGGCGAUAUUAAAGGCCGAUGCAUAGUCUAUUACAAUAAUCUACAAAUAUAUAUAUACUAGUAUGUAACACUCUAAAACGUGUCCGCUUCACCGAAACGUGUCCAUUUCGCUCAAAUGUGUUCUCAAAAUCACAAAUCGCUCAAACGUAUCUAAUUUCACUUCUCCAAAUGUCUUCGUUUAACGUAUAUGCCCUCUGUGACGUAAAUAAUGUCUACCGCAGUCAUAAGAGACUCGAUUGAAAACAUUGUUUGUUGAUCCACGUAAAGACAAAAAUAAUAAAACCGCUAUCCAAAUACAUCAAUGCAGUGGUAGUUUGGGUUCAGUUUCCGAAUAAUAAAAGAUUAACUGAGUUACAAGAAUAAAAUUCAAAAUGGGAACCUCUUAAACGUAUUGCAAGUUUAUAAAGAGCAGUCACAGAAAGUAUUAUAAAAUACAUAUAUUUGGUUUUUACAAGGUAUAUUGACGCAGUGAAAAUCUUAAUUUUAGUCACAGAAAAUGCUUUUUACAAAAGAAGAAAUAACAGCCCAAAAUAAAAAAAAAACAAAAAAACUACAAUUUGUAUUAAUUGUUAGUUUGUUCUCGUCCUAACUAUGCAUGCAGUAUUUUCCACUUAUAGUUUGCGUACAGUUCCCGGUGAUUUACUGAGUUAAUGAGUUAUACGAAUUAAAAGCCUAAAUUAUAAAAACCUGCAAUAUUUAUUAAUAGUUAAUUUGGUCUCGUCCUUAAUAUGCAUAAACAUAGUUGCCAAUUGACGUCAAGAAAGUUACUACCAAAUCUGUUUAUGGCUUUUUCAGAAACCUCGGGGUCUUACACAAGCUAGACAUCUUUGGACGUACAGUAACGUCAUAUGGACAAGUUUGAGGGGUAAGACACGUUUCCAAGUGUUUCAUAUGUAUUAUAAUUUUACUAUAUUUUGUAUAUUUUUCUGACGAACCUUCUCUUAUAUACUACCCCAUAAUAAUAGAUGUAUUGCUACAUGAUAUUGGUGCUACAUUCUUCCGAUUUGCUUUUUGCAAAUUCUUACGCAAAGAUUUCUUACAUUUUGCUUUCACUCAUUUCUUUUUUGUGAUCAACACUGCAAGGAUAAUGAGAAUAAAAAUAAAGUCAGUAUGUGUUAGGCCAUUAGGUUGAUUUAGAAUAUCCGACUUAGGCCCCUUUGGGUUGUACACAUCCUCAAAAAUUGCUUUUGACGUCUUUAACCGAAAAGUUUUUAUCUUUUACUUUAUUCAAUUCCUGUGUGCUGGUUCAUAUUCUGAACGCCAGUCCUUGCUCCUUUCAAUUGGAAAUUUUAUAUGUUUCAGAGUUUAGUGUGACGUCCAUUUUCACUGAACUAGUACACAAUUUUGUUUAGGGGCCAGCGGAGUCCGCCUCCGGGUGCGGGAAUUUCUCGUGUGUUGAAGACCCAUUGGUGGCCUUGGGCUGUUUUCUGCUCUCUGGUCGGGUUGUUGUUUAUGACACAUUCCCCAUUUCCAUUCUCAAUUUUAUUUUAUACAUGAUUCGUUUUAAAAAAUUUAAUUGUGUGCAUCCUGAUGAAGGUAAAUCCUGAAAAGAGCAUCGGACGAAACAAAUUUAUAAAAUGUCAUAUUUUCAUUUAUUAAGCAACAGAUCAUUUUCAUUUCUGUUAUUUUAUUAUAAUUUAGCGGAAUGUUGAGUAAGUCAACCAAGCACUUUUCGCCAAAUGUACACGUGCUGUGAGCUUACUUAGAAUUGAAACUGGGCGAUAUUAAAUCCAAUUUUAGAAAACACAGUAUGUGCUGUAUAUUAUGAUUGAAGACGAAACGCAAGUUUUAUGCAGAUGUUCCAUUUAUUUAAUAAUUUAAAUGAAAACUAAAAAAAAUUACAUUUUACUCUUAAAUGUUUAUAUGAUAUAUGAUAAUGUCAAAAAUCUGUUAUUUAAUUUUAGAAAGCGUAGAAAUUUCCUAUACUGUAAAUACUUUUUUAUAUUGUUUAUAAACUAUAUCUUGCCAUUUUAAUAGUCUCUUAUAUCUUGACAUUUUGAUAGUUUCAUAUAGUUCUGUAUAGAAUGAUCAUCAUUUGAUGUGGUAUUGUUUUACAAUUUACAAUUGUGUAUUGUACUUAUUGAGAGAGGAGACAUAAAUAAAGCAUUGAAUAAAAUCAGAUGAUUUAAGAAGA